AUGAAGCUCUCUGUUUCUGUCGUCUGUCUCUUUCUGUCCUCGCUCGGCCAUGGGCAAAGUCCAAAGCAAGAACAACUAGCCGAGUAUCUAGUCAAUACCCAAGGCCAAACAGAAACAACAGACACGGGCGUGAUCGAUAAUACCACAACUUCGCUGAGAACAGGCCCAAGAGGAUAUGUGUUGCUCGAGGAUACCAUCAAUCGAAAGAAGCUGCUACACUUCGAUCGUCAACGAGCACCUGAGAGAGUAGUGCAUGCUUUAGGACACGCUGCAUAUGGAAAUUUCGCUUCAUACGGAGACUGGAGUAACAUCACAUCCGCGUGCUGGUUGAAAGCAAACGCAACCAGCGAUGUCUUCACUCGCUUCUCGGUAGUCGUUGCUGGAACGGGAGGCGCAGAUACAGGUCGAGAUACACAUGGAUUCGCGACGAAGAUAUACAGUGGAUGUGGGAACCAAGACUUGGUCGGCAAUCAUGUACCGAGUUUCUUCAUCACUGAUGGAGCUUUGUUCCCUGAUUUGAUCAAUGCCGUCAAGGCAGAACCUGACAAGGGAUUUCCUACUGGUGGAAGUGCGCAUACGACGGCAUACGAUUUUUUCACACAGAACCCGGAAGGUGCAGAGCAAUUGAUGGCUGUUCUGUCUGAUAUGGGGAUUCCUCGUGACACUCGACAUAUCGCUGGCAACGGCGUUCAUACAUACCGAUUUAUCAAUGCUGCUGGGAAAUCGACAUUAUUUAAAUGGUACUGGAAGCCGAUGCUUGGAUAUCGAGCCAUGGUAUACGACGAGGCCACCAAGAUCGCUGGAAAGAACAACAAUUUUCAGCGCAUCGAUCUUUGGAAUUCAAUCGAGGCUGGAAUGUAUCCGGAGUGGGAGUUCAUGGUACAGAUGUUUCCUGAUGAUGGACAGUAUCGAUACAAAGGGAUUGAUCUCUUGGACGCCACUCAGAUUGUUCCAUUUGAGAUGAACACACCAAUAGCUCUAGGGAAAUUGACACUGAACAAGAACCCCACAAACUACUUCGCAGAGGCGGAAUCAGUCAGCUUUGCGCCUUCCAACGUCGUGGACGGAGUAUCAUUCGUCCCUGAUCCUCUCCUCCAAUGGCGACUGAUGUCUUACGAUGACACUGCCACACACAGACACAAUUCACCAAAUGGUUAUCUCCUCCCGGUCAAUCGUCCUAUUGUACCCAUCAACAACAAUUACCGUGAUGGCUACAUGCAGCCACAGCUCUUCGAAGGCCCUUCUGAUAGUUCUCCUGACGGCAUUGGUGGUGUUCAACCGUCUUCAUCGGAAGACAACCUUGAAUUCUACCCCGAAUCUGUAUCUGGGAUGAUCGGUCGUUACAAAAUCAUGAAUGAUCCUUUUACCCAGGCUCGCGCUCUCUGGUUUACCAUGGAUCAAUACGCGCAGCAGCAUACUGUGGAUGCCUAUCGAUUUGAAUUGGGUCACGUCUCUAACCCAAACGUAACGUCGAGAUACAUCGCCCAGAUAUUGAACCCGAUCAACAACUGCCUUGCUCGACGUGUCGCAUAUGGUGUCGGUUCUCCCAUGCCGGCUCUAGGAUCGGGAUCGUCGAUGGUGCCAAACACCACAUAUCCAAGUUUGUUCCCACUUGGCUCGAAUGCUUCGCAGCCUGUGACGGGGUUGAUGGUGGGGAUCCUGACCACAACCGAUUCAAUCUCUACUUCUGCGUACAAUGACCUGACUUCCGUCCUCAACUCCAAUCAAGUCUUGUUUGAAGUCGUUGCCUCUCAUCUGGGACCAUUGGCUUCAGGUGUCAAGGCUAACCAAUCUUACGUUACAACCUCAUCUAUAUUCUACGAUGCUAUCAUCAUCGUGUCUGGAACUCAAAACUCUUCGGCAGUGCCUAUGGUGCAACAAGGCUUUGUGGAGGAAGCAUUCGGUCAUGGGAAGCCCAUCGGAGAAAUUGGUAGCGGAUUCUUGACUUCGCUGAGUCUGGGCGGUAUUGGGACGUUCGUUGAUGGAAAUACAGAGACUUUGACUAAAGCGGUGGUCACGGCGUUGCAGUCUCCUGGGCGAUAUCCUCAGAGACAACCCUUGGAUGAUGUUACCAGCAUUUGUGGAUAG